UCUUUUCUUUUUCCUUCUCUUUCCUUGUCCUUCUAUUCAUUUUCCACCAUUUUCUGUCGCUUUUUGGCGGUUUUGAUCUUUUCAUUUUCGAACAUUCGCUCGAAUUUCUCUCUCGCUCACUCUUUCUCUCUCACUCUUUCUUUCUCACUCUCUGAGUUUAAAUCUGUCGAUUUCUUGAGCUGGCGAUAGCAUAGAUCGGCUUGUUUGAGCUUGUAGGUGGGUCUUGCCGCCGAUGAUUGAGGGGGAAUUAUGUCCAGGGCUUUGAUUCUUAAAAGGGCCUCAAAACCAUAAGAAAUGCAAGUGUGUGAAGAAACUCGAGAACUAAAUAAAAGUUUGGAAAAACCAUGAUGCAGAAAACAAUUCCUGGUUGGAAGUAGAGACGUGUAUAUGACUGUGACCCCAGAGGUGCUGUAGGCAAGGAUGCAAGCAGUGGCAUAUGUCUGCAGAUGCAAGUUCAAGCUUAACAGAAGUAAAUGAAAUGGAUCGAAAAGCACAUGUGAAUAAGAAGUUUGCCAGUAUGAAAUGUCAAAGGGUAAAAGUAGAUGAAACUUCUGUUCCUGCAGUAGAAGAUGAAACUAUAGAAGUUCAGCAUUUGCUUGCAGAGCCAAAGCCUGAUCAUGCUUCAGUAGAUGGUGUACUGUGUUUUGGUAAAGAGAAUUCCUGGAAACACUUGGAGAUUGAUGAUUUUAACUAUGGAUUUGAGUAUGGCCUAAAAGGUGGGCUGGAUUGUAAUAAUACCCAAGGGCAUGAUGAUUUAGAACUCGGAGUUCUGGAUGGACUGCUAGAUGAAGUUGAUGAAGUGGAUGAUAUUCAUGCAGCAAAUGACAUCUCUGGGGCAUGUGAAGAUUUUCUUUUGGACAUUGAAUUGGCUGAGAAGGUUUCUUUUCUGGAUUGUGCUCCAUUUGGAAGACUGCAGUUGGGAAACUCAAGUUCAGAAAGUCAAUCUCCAGGAUUUAGUGGAAGUAGCAAUGUUGCUAAUGGUUUAUCAGAAUCAUCAACAGCAACUGUUCCAGAGGCUGAAUGCAAGAGUGGCUCACUUAAGAAGAGAACAGUCAAAUGUGAGUUAAAUGACUCAUCUGGGAACAAAUGGGACUAUCAGGCUGGGGUUGAUGUGUUUACCACUUCACAUGAUUUAGAAGAGCUUGAUGAGGUGGACUACGCAAAGCCUUUAGAAAGUGGUCUAUCAUCGGAUGAGAAUGAAAAGAAAGUUGUCCAAGCAAGCAAAACGGGCACUCUUCUCAGACAGAAGAGAACGCGAAAGCCUACCAAGAGGUAUAUUGAAGAAUUUUCAGUUCCGAAGUCAAAACAUGCAGUGGAAGGACAAAAUAUUUUGGCUACUGCUUCAAAGGGUGAACACCUGACUAUCAUGUCCCAUAACGAACUUCAGGGUGCAACAUAUGUACCCAAGGAGGAGACUUUAAGUGAGACAAUUACCCAAGAAACACUUGACGAUGACGAAAAACUUUCUGAUCUGAAGUCAAAGUGUGUAACUGGAAGACGAAAGGUUUCUUCUCAUGCUUCCAAGGAUACACGCUUGAAGUUUGGAUCUCGAAAUGAACUACAUCAUGUAAGAGGGUUGAAAUCUGCUCCUGGAGAGGAGUCUUUCCCUGGAACUGGAACUCGAACAUUGUUUGAAUCUCGGCCACGGAGGGGACGUCCGAAGAAGCUUCCAUCUGCUUCUGUUCUUGAAUCUGAUGAGGAAUGUACUGCAUCUGAGUCUGAAGAUGACUGCACAAAGAGAAGAAGAUCCAAGAAGAGUAAUGAUCGAAGGAAGCAUCAAAGAAUGUGGACUCUUUCUGAGGUGACAAAGUUGAUUGAUGGUAUUGCGCAGUAUGGAACUGGAAGAUGGACAGAUAUAAAAAAGCUUUUGUUUUCGUCAUCAGCAUACCGCACACCUAUAGAUCUGAGGGAUAAAUGGCGGAAUCUUCUAAGAGCUAGCUCUGCGCAGAAACAGAAACUGAAACAGAACAAGAAAGAGGUUGAACAAAAGCUGAAUCAUGCCAUCCGCCCCUUGCCAAAGCCAGUGAUACGCAGAAUUCGUGAACUAGCCUCUCUUCAUCCAUACCCUAGGUUUACUCCUGGUGGAAGAUAUAUACGUAGGAAGAAGAAUUGACUUGAAAACACAAUUGUCAAUCAGCAUUAAAUCAGAGUAUAGCAAAUUUAGUUGUAAAAAAAAAAAAAAAAAAAAAAAAAAAAA